UCGCAAGCUUCGACAGAUGUUUCCAGCCUCGUGCCGAUAAAAAUCGGUCUAAACUCUUCUCUGUACAUGAAUAAGAUGACUAAAUUGGCAAAGAGGAAGUUGAGAAGAAGGAGCGAUAUUUGUGACGAUCCUGGAGAUGAUGGCUUUGCUGUUGACAUUGAUGAUACAGAAGGGGGUGAGUUUGCGGACAGGGACAACGACGCUCAAGUCAUUUCCGAUGGUAGCAGAAGUCCCAUCAACGCCCACAAUUCUAGCUGUGAUCCCGAUUGCCUACAACCAACAGAACUCCUCCUAUCGCCUAAUGUCCUGACACCCACAGUCGCCUUCUCUUCACACCCUGCCAAUGUAUUGCGUCACCUUCACCCCUUCGAUGCUACAACUGAAGAUGAUUCCACGUGUGCCUCGGCUUUUACUUCAGCUCACUUUUUCUGUAUGGACAGAUCGGAACAGAUGUUGCCUCAGCCCAGUGUCCCGAUGGCUCCUUCUUUUGUCCAACCGCCGAGUCAACAGCAACCGCUGCGGAUGCAAAGUGAGAACUAUGUCGAUCUGGCAGCACAUCAAGCAGCCUCUAAAAUAGUCAAGGCCGACUGUGCAAGUAAUUGA